UCGGUCUUCUCUUCAGCUUCCCCCCCCCCCCCUCUCCCUCUCUGAAGCUCUCUCCGGUUUCUUCCUCCUUCUUCCCCUCUCUCUCUCCUCCUCCGUCGCCUAGACGACGACGAAGCCGUACCCUCCCGUUUCACAUUCCUCCUCCUCCGCUUGCUUUCUCGCCGAGUUCGGUACGGUCUGUAUGUUCGCCGGCACCGACUGUUCUCCUUGUCGUCGAAGCGUUGACUGAAGAAGCUCCGAGUUCCAUCGCUGGAGGCGUAGGGCUGUGCUCGAGCUCAUUUUGUUUCGGCUCCUCAGUAAAGCCACCACCGAAGCUCAGUAUUUCUGCGGGAAGUCAGCUUGAUGGAGUUCACGGGUCACAGAGCGAAUCUCGCCAGGAAGUUCUCGAUGGUAGUGCGAGAUUUCCCACCGGGUUGCGGGACCCGUGCUUCUGAAUGUAAGAGGGAAGAAGUCCCGAAGAGGAAGUUUCUCAGCACGGCUGAGGUUGUGAAGAGAUUGCCGGAAAAGAGGUUGGAAAAUCCUGCCAAAGAAGUUACUGCAGUUGUAACCUACAAUCCCGGCCUCGUUGCUUCAAGCAGCAGUCGAAUUUCUGGUGACCGUGAAAGGGUAUUGGAGACUCUACAGAAGUUUCGUGCGAUCUGCAAAGAGCUUGCUCUAGAAAAACGAGCAUCAUUGGGGCAAAAGGAAAAGAUCACGAGGAUUGACUUGAAAGCAUGGAACAAAUUCAAGGAGAAAGAGGGGUACGCCCAUGGGAACGGACUGGUCCCUGGAGUGGUGAAGAAGAGGAAAGAUGGCCAUAAGGCGGAGCCCCUCAUGGGAGGGGUCCCUGGAGUGGAGAUAGGGGACAAAUUCUACUACCGAGUUGAGCUGAAACUGGUCGGUCUGCAUCGCCAUUUUGAGGCCGGGAUAGACUACACGAAGGAAGAUGGAGACAAACUGGUCACGAGCAUCAUUGCCUCGAGCAAUGCAGAUGAUAUGAACAAUGCUGACGAGUUGACGUACGUGGGUGAGGGAGGGAUCUCAACUCAUGACAAGUUUCAUGAAGACCAGAAACUAGUCCGUGGAAACCGGGCUAUGAAGAACAGCAUAAGGGCUCAGAAUCCAAUCAGGGUGAUGAGGAAGGUGACGGCUUCAGUCUCGGACAGAGAACUAAUCACGUCCACUCAUGAGGUCUACGUGUACGAUGGCCUGUACGUGGCUCAGAGCUACCGUGAGUCACAAGGUGACCAUGGCCGGUUGAUCUUCAAGUUCAAGCUAAAGAGGAUCCCAGGUCAGCCCCCGAUUGCUCGUUACAGGGGAUGAAGUUUGAUUAUAGAUAUCGUAGGCAAUUAGUCUUAAUCCAUAUGUCUAUCCUUUUCUUUGUUUUAGCACGGUAGACUUUUCGUACUUACCAUAGAUGGCCCGGCUUAAGGCUUUUGUUACUACCGCAGACAGUAAAGCGUCUGCUUACUCGUCACUUGUCGAAAAUGGAAACUCAAGGCUUGCCUAGGUUUGAUUAAGUUUUGGCCAAUGACUCAAUUAUCAUGUAUGUUGGGGUUAGGAAUGUACUCAACCAAACAAUAACGCAGCAAUUAAUCUUCCUCC